AUGCAAAAACUUUUUGAAUUUCAUUUACUUUUACAUCUUGAACGACGCAAUGAAUAUUACAGCAUUACCUUUGUUCGUUUUGGUUCAUGUCCACUCCUUAUAUUUUCGCAUCUGAAAGAUGCCUUCAUAAAGACAAGAUCAUCCACAUCUUUCGAUUCCACGUGGAUGAAAAGACUUCUAAAAGAAUCGUAUCUUCAAGAACUAAAAGAAUCAAAGAAAAUUAUACAUAGAUCUGAUUUUAGUUGAAGAAGAUGAAGCAGACGUUAAUAUAAAGCCCCAGUACACCUCCCUUUUCCUACAUGCGAUAUCCCUGAGAAGUUCGUAAAAAGGUUGAUCCAAGAACAACCAUGUGAUUCCCUUGUUGUAGAAAGAAUUUGCUCAGGCAAAAUGUUAC